AUGCAGCAAGUGGAGCACGAGGCAGACCCGCACAGAAAGGCAGGCGGCAUCGGCAGCAAUGGCGGCAGGAACAGUGGCAGCAGGGCUGCGAUUGCCAUGGAUGGUGGGAGCACAAGUGGUGUGCAUCGGCAGGUGGUGAACUUGAUGUUCCGCCAAGGGGAUUACGCCACUGACUCGUGGAUGCAUGCAGGGGAGGGCGCGGGUGCUAGUGGCAGCAGUGAUGUGCAUGUGGAUGCUGCUGCGGUCAAUGAAACCCUCCCUGGCGUGGCAGCAGAGGGUGAAGGCAGUACAGCAACCUCAGCAACCGAAGCAGCAGCAGGGGCAGCAGCAGUGACGCACAUGUGGAUCCGGCCAAGCAUGGUCAAAUUUGAGUCGCAGCAUGCGGAUGUGGAGGUGGUCAACUGGACGCGCCCCCUGCCGUGCUUCCUCAAUCGCGAGAUCAUCACACUACUCUCCACCUUGGGAGUGCCGGACCACGUCUUUCUGCACAUGCAGGUCAGUCAGUCCACGCCUGCUCCCUUCUAUGCACACCCGUUCUACUUAUACCCCAGGGUGCGUUCGACCUCGCGUGUCUGCUCCUGGCACACCGAGGCCGCCAUCGCCUUCGACCUCCCCAAGACGGGCGUGGCGGGACAGAUGCCACACGACCUGCGCGUGCAGGAGUACCCCGAUUUCAUGGAGAAGGGCUCGAGUAAGGAGACGUACGAGUCCAACAAGGUGCUGGGGCGCCUGUACCGUGCAGUUAAAGACACUGCCGUGGUGUAUGAUGAUGACGAUCUGCCGCGCGUAGUACCUGCGGUGGCAGAGGAGGAAGGGGCGGGGGGCGAGGAGACGGCGCAAGAGCGGAGGGAGUGGAGGAGGAGGCGGCUCGGCAGGUGGCGGUGCUGGAGGAUGGGCGCACGAGGGCUGCGGUGGGCGCGCGUGGAGGAGGUGGGGCCUGCGUACACGGAGGACCUAAGUGUGGAGGGGUUCGAGCAGCAUGUGCAGGAGGACAGGGAGCUCAAGUGGGCGUAUGACCGCUCCAUGCUGCACAUCCUGCACCAGUUUGGCAUCAUGACGGAGGCGGAGGUGGCAACAGGUAGCAUGCUUCAGGCAUCGCACCGCAACGGGCGCAAGGACGAUGCUCACGGAGGGGAGGAAGACGAUGAUGUUGAUGACGACAGCAGUGACGCCUCUUUUCCUGCUGCUCGAACGAAGCAGCAGCAACAGAAGAAGGAUCCGCGGCUGCGAGUGACGCCCAAGGUGAACGUGGUGCAGGGCAUCAAGGCGAUGGUGCCAGACGCUGCUCCAACUGCCCACAAGCCCAGCGCUGAGCACCCCAUCGCCAACUGA